GAAGCUGUUUUCGCACGAUUAGUCGUCUGUGCAAAAGUUGCGUUGUUUCGGUGCUGAAAUUUAUCCGGUUGUGUACCAUUUUUUGUGUUGUUGUUUCAAGCGACUCUAGUGAACGCGAUGGCCACCAGCAAUGGUAUGGACAGUACGGACAGUUUCGGUUUCAACGGGCUGAAAAUGUUCGAAGUGGCACGGGAAUGCUUGCCGGAUGAUCGCAAGAGGACGCAAAAUUUGCUCGAAUCGAAGGACGAUAUGUUGUUUGUGUGGAACGCGAAAAAUUGCUGCGUGCUGUCGCUGAACUGGAUGACGGCCAAUGCGAAGAAGGACGAACGUCAGAAGUACCAGACGCUAAUUCCAUCGGCACCGCAAAACUUUACGGUGGAGAAGAUUCUGCCGUCGACGGAGGCCACCUUUCUGGCACUGGCUGGCCCUCGAGGACUCUCGAUUCUGGAACUGCCCCGCCGCUGGGGACCCAACGGGCAGUACCAGGACGGGAAGGAGUGCAUUAUUUGUCGCUCCUUCAACGUGGACGAACAUCUCUUCAUCGAGAACACAAAUCUAGACAUCCUGCAAAUCCGCUGGCAUCCGGCAUCGCCAACGGAUUCCUACAUUCUGGCCCUUCUCUCGGACAAUUCGAUUCGUGUCUACGAUGUGAACUCAUUGCGCCAUGUUUGGCGUGUUGGACUUUCGCCCUCGCACAUCAACGGUGGCGGCUCUGGCAGACCAACGGCCACUAGCGGCGCUGGCCCAGCCGGUGGGGUCUCCGUCAAGCUGGCCUAUCUGAGCAGCCUCGGCGACACGGCCGUUGAUUUUGACAUCGCACCGCCACGUGUGGUUUCGGCCAGCGCCAAUACAGUAUCCUCCUCGACGACGACGCUGCUUUCCACGACGACCACUAUGAUGCGGGACGGUUUGUCGACGACGGCCAACGCCGGCAGUGGCAAGGAAAACCUUGGAAAACCAAAGAAAUCUGACACCGACAAGGUCGAGUGGCCGAUCGUAAUUUUGCGGGGCGACGGGAAUGUGUACAUUCUCUGCGCCGGCAUCGACACUGACCGGCCGAAGCUGCAGGGCCCCAUUUCGAUCUUUCCCCAGGUGGAUGACAAUUAUGGGCUGGACUCGUGCUCGCUGGUUGUGAUCCCAUCGCUUCCACCGACUAUAAUCAUCGCUGAGAGCACCGGCAAAACUCACCACGCGCUGCUUCUGGAGGAAGAAGUUCCAACGGAGCGGUCGCUCACCGAGUUGGAUUCCAGUCUGGUCAUUUACCCUUCCGAGUGGUAUCUGCAGGUGCUGGAAACUGUGGAGCUGGAGCUUGGACUUGCCGGGGUAGAUGAAGCCAGAACCUACUCCUGUCCCAUCCACUUGAAGCGUGAUUUACUGAACGAAUCGCGUUAUUUCGCAUACCAUAACGCCGGAUUGCACGCGAUUACGCUGGAUUUCACACGUCAGCUGUCGCAGUUUGUGGAAAUGGACGAAGAUAUGUGUGAGAAAUAUCCAUUGUUUAACACCCAAAGCCGAGCCGAAUACGUGGUGUGCACUAAAGCCCUACAAAAAAUGACUACCAAUGCGGUUCUGGGUUUUGCGUUGUUGCAGUCUCCCGCAGGGAUAAUUCUUCAGUUGGCAUCAGGCCAAAUUGUAACCCUGGAUCUGAUCAGUGACCACAGCUUGAUACGAGACUGGAAGGUCAAACCGGGCGGGAAAUCAAAUUCAGCUGCAGAUUCGCCGAUGAAGCAAUUUUUGAAGGAUGCUUUCCAGGAUCGCAUACAAUCGAUUCUUAAAUCUGGAACCACCCAACCGAUUUUGAAACUGGACAAAUCUGCCGAACCGACACCGCAGGAGUCGUUCGAGUUGCUAACUCAAGCAACCCGAAUGCUGCGCGAACACUACUUCGUGAAGCACGAGAAGGCUCGCCAGGAAAUCGAACGGCGAGUUCACGUGCUCAAGCUGCUGAAGGAGCAACAGCUGUCCGAAAUCGACCUGCUGCAGCAGGAGAAGCAGCAGAUACGGGAAACCGCCGAGCGAUUGGCCGAAAACUAUGAGGAUAUUUGCGACAAACAGAAUGCGCUGUUCAAGCGUGCCCAGGAAGUUGUCCGGCUGGCAACCUUACGUCUUCCGAAAGGAUCUUUCUCGGAGAGAAAAUAUGCGGAAAUGAUUGAAAAAAUUGCCACUGCCACCAAACAGCUCCAAAAAAAUGUGAAUCAGGCCAAGCAAAAAAUCGCAGCGCAGCAGGUACAAAUCGAUCAGAAGCAGAAAGCCGCCAACGAGAGGAUUGUAACACUGCCAAGGAAGCAAGAGGAGAUCAUCAAACAAAUCAUCGGCGAUAUGAACGCGCAAAUCGAAGGUUUCUUCAAAGACAUUAAAAAAAUGAACAAUAUACUCAACCUAGCAUAGACCGUUGGAACGGGUUUGGGCGUUGAAUUUUGUACAAGACUUAUUUAUAGAAUCCUCACAGGUAAUUCUAAUACUAUCGAUUUUAUUGCCACUAUUGAACCAUAGCUGUAGCAGUGAACCUGUAUUUGUUUUCAAUCAAUAAAUAGCAUACGUGAGUUCUCA